AUGUUUGCCGUCGGCGGUCAAGACGAAGCUCGUGCUGGCGUUACUCAUGGCUACGUCGGCAUCGUUGUCCUUGUCGCCAUCCUGCUCGUCUGGAAACUCUGCUUCAAGUCGUGGUGCCUCUCUAUGAGCAAGGGCGGUAUGGCUAGUCAUGCUGGCUCCUCCCGCGAUCCAAAGGAGCUCCAUCGCGUUCGCUCCUCAGUCCGCACACGCGUCGCUGCUCGCGCCCUCCGCCAUCGCCGCAAGGUCCUCGGCAAGCAAACCGACGGCGAGGCCUUUUCUAUCCUCUCCGACGACACUGCCGCAUAUCUCGACAACGACGCCGCGUUUGACAUCGACGCCAGCGACGCAGACAACAACAUGGUCAAGGCGCUUGACGUCCUGAGCCCCGAGCUCAAAUCGAACAAGGCCCCCGCCUUUGAUGCGUCGGCCAACUCGGACUCUUCCGCCGCUGCACCCGCCCUGGCCACCUCCCCAGCUUCAUCGGCCUCGUCCCAGUCUGUCUCUUCCUUCUACGCCACGUCGUCGUCCCCGUCGUACUACUACGAGAGCUAUGUCCUUUGCGAGUCGGCGACGCCGGUGUACGAGCCCGAGCCGCUGGCAGCAGGCAUGCUCUCUACGCCGCAUCCUUAUCCGGACAAGUUGCGGUGUAGUUGGACGCUGACAUCGUUGUAUGAGAGUGGCUCGGUUCGCAUUGAUGCCAUGCCCUGGAUCGCUGCCCCUUCCUCAAGAAUCAAAAUGCCCGAUGGCUAUCCGUUUGCCACAGAAUGCGGGUGGGACUUUGUGGCGGUCUAUGACGGCCGCGACGUCUCUGCUCCGCUCAUCGCCAUGCUCUCGGGAUCGUAUGGCUCUGGCUCUGCUGCCGAGUUGGAAGACGGCCCAGUCGCCGGGAGCGAUGACGUACCCGGCUCGGAGGAGCCUCGCCGCUUCCCGCACAUCGCAUCAACCGGGCGGUCUCUCACUGUUGUUUUUGAGUCGGACUCGUAUGUCCACUCUUGGGGCCUUGCGCUCAACUUUACCUCGUCGCCGUGUCCGGGCGAUUGCUACGGUCAGGGCAAGUGUUCGAGCAACGGAACAUGUGUGUGUAAUGAGGGCUACGGCGGACGUGACUGCUCAGAGCGGCAUCCGACUGCGCUUCCGCUCCCGCUCUGCUCCGACUGCGCGUGCCCGCGCGCAUAUGCGCCCGAUACCGCCGAGUGGGCUGGAUCCGGUAUUCGGCAGGGACUCCGGCUUGCGACCACAUGUGAUGCCAGCGCGCUGCUACAUAGGGUCUGCACCGUCUGUGCCUCGCACUCGUUUGCAGGUCGGGUCAACGCCUCGCACCCACUCACGCUCCUCUCACUCGACGGCUGUUCAAUGCGCGAGAUGAAUCAACCGUCGGCGCGCGGCGUGACCGUCACUUUCCUGGUUGUGGGCUUUGUCGCCCUUGCCACACUCAUCACCGUCUUUGCGCUUGUUGGCUACCGCGUGGUCAACACGCUCGAGCCGCGCGCGCGUCCGCGCUCAACGCGCGCCGCGCGCCGCCGUCGCCGCCGCGAGGGCGAGCUUCGCGCCCGCGCGCGCCUCAGCAGGCGCAUCCCACUCAUUGUUGUCGAGAUGAGCGCGUCUUCGCCUCCCACAGCAUGUAUCGAAUACACGGUGCCGGGCUCGACAAUCGACUCGGAGCUGACCAAGCACGUUAUGGCUGUUGUCAUCCAGCAUCCAACCCUCAAUCCAAAGCUGGCGCCGCCAAAGCAGACCUUCUCGUCGUCGCCGGCGGCGACGGCGCAGACCCAGGUUGGUUGGCAGGCCUCUGUCUCGUCGAGCUCGUCGACAGCCAGCCUCGAUGCCGCGCUCACAGGCAUCCAUCCGGUCGGACGGAGGGCGCCAGCAUCGUCCGAGCUAGGCAGCUCGUUGAGCUCGGUGUCGUCGUCGUCAUCGAGCUCGGUCGACUCACGGUCGGCGACGUACCUCCAGCUGUUGGCGCCGCCGCUUGGAGCGUCCAACACCCAGUGCAUCGGCUCGCAUAGCUCACUGGUUUCUCUCGCCCGCUUUGGUGGCGUCUCCAUCCCGGUCUCCAUCGGCCAGCUGGUCAAUCCCAAGAUAGACGAGCACCUCUCUGGAGAGUACGCCCACUUUACCACCACAUUUUAUGGCAACUCGACGUACCGCUCGUCGUCGCCGACCGGCUCGUACGAUGAGCUCACAACUGUGGUGGAGACCACCAUCUCACAGCGGACGCUCCGCCUCGGCCGCAACUCGGAUGGCCGGCUGCGGAAGAAGCGGGCGACCAAGACCCGCCGCCGCAUCAAGCGGGUCCUGCCAUCGGCCUCGGACUCGGCCUCGCCCCCAGGCUCUGACACUGACUCGGACGCAACGUCGCAGUACGGGAACGGGGACUUCUCUAGUGAUCCGCCUCGCGCCUCGCAAGACGUUCCGAUCUCGAUGCGGCACGCAUCAUCGCCGCUCGACGCUAGGCUCAACUGGUCGUCCUCGCCAGGCCUGCACCCGCCAGGCUCCGGCUCGGACUCGGGGCCCGGCUCGGGUUUGGGCCUGGAGUCGGGCUCAGAACUGGACAGCGGCUCGGGCGCUGGCACGAGCUCGGAGCCGGGCGGCUCCCGGCACGCGCGCGCCAGCUCGCUGCAUCGAGUCGGGAUCCGCGGCCGGGCCGCUGCCACUCCGCCGCGCAUCGCCCUCGAGCGAACGGUCAAGGUCAAGCGGACGCCGUCGCCUGUCUCCACUGGCGUGGUCAAGAAGAAGCGUAAGCACGCUGUGUUUGUCAAGCGUGUUCCCCGCUCGACCGAAGUGAUCGGACACCUGCCUCUGCCAGCAUCGCUCCCGCCAUCAGCUAGCCAUCUCGAGUCUACGUACGGCAUCCAUGCAGGCGUGGCGUUUUGGGCGAGAAAGCCGACGACGGGCAAGGCCGUGACUCUGCAUCCGGGCGCAGCCGUCUUUGGCUCGUCGGUCGUGCAUCUGCCGCCUCUGACCUCGAAAUGCAUGGGCUGUGGCUUUGUCAACUACGAUGGCGAUGAGUGCCCGGCGGAGAGGCUCAACGUGGGCAAGGGCGCGCUCGAGGACGCGCGGAAUGUGGAGACAACCUCGAUCUUCGACUUUAGCAGGUACUCCGAGUCGUGGAUGACUGGUGGGAGGAAGACCCGGACGCUGCGAGACGACAGCGGCGGUGUCCAUUACCACUGCUGUGAGAUGUGGACACCACUGUCAGUCGAGCUCAAGGAUCAUGGCGCGCCGCCUAAUUAUCAGCCAGUGCUCUCGACCGUGUGCAGGUUCCACAACGCGCGGUUUUCCAUCCAGGACGUGCCGCUCGGUGUCCAGCUUCUUCAUCGGACGUUUGGGAUCGAGGUGGCGGCACCAUCGGUGCCAGAGUCGCGGUUUGGCUCGAUGGGCUACGUCGGGGGCAUGCGGACGUGGCCGGACCGGUUUCAGAUUGAGGCGCGGACGGUGAGCGCACACGGAGAUUGCUCGAGGGAGAUGGGAAGUGGCAAGGUCGGCAUUGUGCUGUACGACAUGUGGCACGCCGCGUACUGGCACUACUUUCACAACAUGUUCAUGCGGGCAUGGGGAAGCGCGUAUACGCUCGGGCUCAUCGAUUGCCCCGAGCCAUACGACCCGAUCUGGCUGCCGAGCUCGCGGCAUCCUCCGUGCACCAUUGCGCGUGACAGGAUUGUCAUGAUUCUGCCCGGCUUUCCGCACGGCGACGAGCACCCAGCCAUUGACAAGCUCAUGGCGCACCUCUCGGACGAGGUCAUCUACGAGCCUGCGGCUCUCGAUGGGCUCUGUUUCGAGACCCUGGUUGUGGGCGCAUACUCUGAGCUCGACUUCAACUCGUUUGUCAUGCCUGCAACACUGGAGAUGCUGCCCAAGUUUGAGCAGUGGUGGAACUGGGCCAAUGGGCUGGUGACGCCGCGGCUGGGGGUGACGCUCGGCGAUGCGGUGGCACAGGCGCAGGCGCUCGACGAGCUGAGCAAACGCGAGCGCACUGCCAUGCGCAGCAAAGCCGAGCGUGGGUACAAGGUGCCGUCGUUUGUGUUUGCAAAGCAGACGCGGUUGCAGCGGCCGGUCCUCACCAUCAUUGACCGCAAGAUCUCCCACGCGCGGCAGUGGCGCGACGGCCUGGUGGACCAGAUGCGCGGUUGGGCCGAGGAGCGCGGCAUCCUGACGCAGGUUGUCUCAUUCGAGGCAAUGAGCUACGAGGAGAGCCUCGCAGUCAUGUCCAACUCGUCGAUUGUGUUUGGGGUGACCGGAGCUGGCUUCACCAACCAGUACCACAUGCAGCCCGGCUCGGUCUCUGUCCUCAUCUUUCCAUAUGUUGCAUUUGCGGCGUUCUACGACUCGGACGAGUUUGCGCACAUGGGCGUGGCACGGUCGUCGUUUGUGGUCAAGUACGUGGACCACAGCACGCGGGCGGCACGCGACCAGAUCAACGUGGCGCGCAACGUGUUCGACGGGCUCCUCGACCAAGCACUCACGCUCGGCUCCACACGCCGAUGA